AUGACUUAUUUGCUAUUAUGUUUCUCAUGUACACUGAGUGCGUACUUCACACUUCGGACUCUCGCGUCACCGCUGCAUAUUGAACCCAACCAGUCCAUUGAAGACUUCAUCGACAAACUGCUCCGAUCGGACAAAUUCGAUCAGCUCGCGGGCAAAAUUGCCGAGAAGGCCGUCGAGAGGAUCGCCGAGAUGCAGAACGGCGCAAACAGUACAAAAGACGACCCAAUCUACCGCGUGUUGAACAAUGUAAGCAGUUCAUAUCAGCCGAGCAUCAAAAGCGGCGAGAUCGGAUAUUUCAUCGGUCAAGCACGGUCGCCUUUCAGCAACUUGAGUCUGAAGUACGCGGAGCUGAUCAAAAACAGACCUGAUGAUAAAGUUGUCAACCAACGGCUAGAGCCGAAAGUCAACGAAGGGAAAACCAAUACUCUAAACGUAGUUAUACAAACAAACAGAACAGUCGACACCGCCACAAACGCCAAGGGGAAAGCGUUUUAUGGUUUUUACACAAAAAGUUUGAGCGUGUACGACACGGAUGAGAGACGAGAAGAGAGAGCGAUACUCAGGAACUUCCCUUCAAAAUCCAAACAAAGCGUCGUCCGAACAACAACGAACAGCGAUGACAAGUCGAGUGACGAGGACGAUUCCAGUGGGAGCAAUAUCGAGGAUCCGCCCCUCCUAAACACCACUUCGAUGUACGCCUUCGACGGAGACGAAACGGAUCUAGAAAGUUCGGAGGGAUCCGAUGAGCAGGCGGAAAACCAUAAACAAGAGAGUGCGGAGCACGCCGAAAAUGGCGUCGCCAAUUCGAGCAGUGUCAAAACCAAACGAAUUCUCGGCAGGGAAAAUCAUCGGUUUUACGUUUUAGACUCGUCGUCUGAAUACGACGCUUACGAAAACCAAUUU